AUGGCCAUCCACUUCUCAGGUUGGCUCUUUGGCCUGCUCCGCUGGUGCCUUCAUAACACCUGGUACCGCCUGACCACAGCUGUCUCCCUGCAGGACAUCUAUGUUUUCACCAGGAGCUUUUCCACUGGGAAGAAGUUGCUCCUCUCUGUCUUGGGCAUGCUGUUUCUUGUGGCUUUGCUGGAUUAUGGUGCUUGGUAUUUCUACCCCUCUGGACUCCGGACCUUCCACCCUGCUAUGCUCUCCUGGUUGGCAGCAAAGGGUAGCAGCAGGAGACAGGACGUGUGGGAAUCAGGAGAAUUCACACCAGAUUUCCAGGAGCUGGAAAGCGGGGUGCUCCAGCACACGUCUGAGUGGCAAGGUUUGUCCCAGGAAGACACCCAGGACAAAAGGCCAAAGGAGAUGGGUUCCCUGGAGGCCCAGCUGGCUGGCCUGAGGCAGGAGCUGGUGGCCAUCAGCCAGAGACAGGCUGCAAUGGCCCAAGAAAUACACCUUUGGCGAGAAAAGAUGGUGGCCCUGCACAGUGACAUGGAGUCUCACGUCCCAGCUUUAAUCCAGGAAUACUUUGUUGGAGACAAGGGCACUAAGGCCGGACUUACACAGCUAGAGGAGGUACAGGCUCAGCUUUGGGACCUGGAGCAAAGACUCCUGAGUCAUAUGGCAGAGGAGCAGGACAAGACUGCCAGCAAAGUUGCUGGACUUGAGCUGACCCUUCUGGAAGAAGGAGUGACCACCGGGGUGACGGAGGAGGAAGUGUAUGACAUCGUGCAGCAGGCCCUGAAACUGUAUAGUGAAGAUCGCAUUGGGCUGGUGGGUUAUGCCUUGGAGUCCUCAGGGGCCAGCAUCCUCAGGAGCCGCAGCUCAGAGACCUACGGCACCAGGACGGCCGUUAUCAGUCUGUUUGGUAUCACCUUGUGGUAUCAUUUCCAGACCCAAAGAGCCAUCCUCCAGCCAAAUGUCUACCCCGGCAACUGCUGGGCCUUCCGGGGCCCCCAGGGCUUUGUUGGAGUUCGCUUAUCUGCCCGCAUCCACCUCACUGCCGUCACUUUGGAGCACGUGCCCAAAGCCCUGUCGCCAGUCAGCAACAUCACCAGCGCCCCCAAGGACUUUGUCAUCUUGGGGCUCAAUGAAGAUUCCCAGGUGGAAGGGGUGGCCCUGGCGAAGUUCACCUAUGAUAAUGCUGGGGAGGCCAUUCAGACCUUCCACUUUCAGGGCAACGGCACAGCCCCAUACCAGCUGGUACAGCUUCAAGUUUUGAGCAACUGGGGUCACCCGGACUAUACUUGCAUUUACCGCUUCCGGGUCCAUGGCAAGCCUGCCAAUUAGAACCUCCCUGCCGGGUCCCUUCACCCUUUCCUCUGUCAGCCACAAGCAAGCAG